AUGAUCAUGCAGUGGGCACAACAACAAGGAUUCCCAUUGUAUAGGUGGGCAUGUGCUGGAGCUGCUCAAAAUGGCCAUUUUGAAUUGCUCCAAUGGCUGCAUGCAAAUGGUUGUCCAUGGGAUGAAUGGACAUGUUGUCAUGCUGCUGAAAAUGGACAUUUGGAAAUGCUGCAAUGGUUAAGAGAGAACGAUUGUCCUUGGGAUGAGAAGACAUGCAGGCAUGCUGCUAAAAAUGGACAUUUGGAGAUUCUCAAGUGGGCUCGUGCAAAUGGUUAUCCGUGGGAUGAAUUUACAUGUCAUGAUGCUGCUUCAAAUGGACAUUUGGAAAUUUUGAAGUGGGCUCGUGCAAAUGGUUGUCCUUGGACUCUAGCCACAUGUGAUUUUGCUGCUGGAAGUGGCCAUUUGGAAGUAUUAAAGUGGGCUCAUGAAAAUGGUUGUCCAUGGGGCUCAAGGGCAUGUGCUGCAGCUGCUGGAAAUGGACAUUUGGAACUGGGCUCGUGA